AUGGCGGCUAGGAUACAUCAGGUGGAUGUACCUCGUGCUCCUCUCCUACUUGAAGAAGACGGUCAGCCCCUGAAGAUUUACAUCCAUCCAGAUGUUCCCAUGAGGCACCUGUUCAUCUCUCAAGUCGAGGCACAAUGUAUCGCUGCUGUACCUGGUGAUGCUACGCAUAUCCUCUUGGAUCUCUUACCGCCGCACAAGGGAUGCUCCUCCCACCCUACGCAGGACCAAAUGGGGUUCAUCUUUCAUAGGGAAGCGAGGCACGUCUUGUGUGGGUACUGGGCUCAAGAAUGUCUUCGUGUGGGUGGAGUGGCAGAUAUGACCUUCUGGGAUUUGAGUGGAUGGCACGAGUGGCAGGCUCUGGAUCACAAGCCAGGUAGCUCUACAGGAUCCACUCUGAAAGCGUCAUCUGGUCCAGGGAAGAAGGGAGGUCCAGCUGCUAGGAAGCGGAAGAGGGUUUCAACCGUCAAGACAACGUCAAUGGGAGAAGAAGAAGCAUCCUUGAAGGAUGUGUCUGAGGGAUCCAGCUACCAGGCAGCAGCCAGCUUGGCAUCUAGUGCUUCUGUCGCUUCGGAAUCCCUUCGACAAGUGGAAGGUUCUGGGUCAAGCCUCAAAGCUGGGGCCUAUAGACCCAGAAGAGCCAUCGUCUCAGUGGAGCUGGUCGCCAGUGCCAGAAAGAAGAAAGCAUCUAUCAAUCCACCGAACCCUCGGGCUGGCCCUGAAACAAUACGAGCGGAUACCGUCGAAUCUAGCGGAUCCUCCUCCAUCCGGUCUAUCCCCACAUCUUCAGUCUCUCAACUUGCCUCCUCCAAGCAGGUAGCACGACAGAAACUCCAAGAGUCAUCACGACAGAAACUCCAAGAGUCAUCGCCUACGCCUCAGAGGACAGGAAAGUACAAUCCGUCAAAACUUGGUGAAAAGUCCGCCGAUGAGAUUCAGAACAUGUGGACUUUCUUCCUCGAUCACAUACACGCAAGGAUGGGCAUACCAUCUCCAUCGGACGCAGUGAUGGGGAAUUUGGAUACUGUCAAACAAUGUAUGUUGACCCGAGUCCAUGGCAUGUGGUGUGAAGCUAGGUCAAAAUACCCUGGGAGACCGUUGGAUCCACUCAGCGUCAUGAUUUCAACUUGGAAGACGUCUCGCGAAUUCAACCUCUCGCCUUUCGCCAUACGUAAAUACUAUGACGAUUUUCAGGGUCGAGUCAAUGCGGAUAAGGUCCAGAAUAUCCCACUUAAGAAUCGACCACCCGGAUAUCCCUUUCAUGAUAGACCUCCUGUGAACCCCGAGGCAGCACUGUCGAGUAUCCCCGAAUGGACAGGAAAAUACAAUAUCGUUGUCAAGCAGGAACUCGAUGGCUGA